CAAUUAGCUGCAUUUAAUUAAUUGAAAAUUAAUUACAUUUGAACUGUACUUAUAAAUAAACUUUGUAAAGGAUGACAAUGGGUGAUGAGACUCCAGUUACAUCACUGGUUCUUCCUGUCAUUUUAAGACCAAUAUUAAUGAAGUUAGAGAGGCAAAAUGUAUUGGCUGCUCAAACAUUACGUACAGCUUUAUUAAAAGCUGAAAAUUCUCAUCCAGGAAUUACACAUGAUUUAAUUCUUGGUAUAAUACGACGUGCAGAACUUAAUCUUGAUAUGAAUGAAAGUGUUCUUAGAUUACAAGGAACAGCUUCUGAUUAUGAUGUUGUAGAAUAUAAAUCAACAAGGUCUGAAGAUGCCUUUCAAGAAUUAAACCGUAAAUCAACUUCUUUAAAAAGAAUACUUAGCAGAAUUCCUGAUGAAAUAACAGAUCGUAAGACUUUUCUUGAAACAAUCAAAGAAAUUGCAAGUGCAAUAAAAAAACUGUUAGAUGCAGUGAAUGAAGUAACUGCAUUUAUUCGUGGUUCUGCUGGAAAACAAGCAUUAGAUCAAAGAAAAAGAGAAUUUGUUAAAUAUAGUAAAAGAUUUAGCAAUACAUUAAAAGAAUAUUUUAAAGAAGGACAAGCAAAUGCAGUAUUUGUGAGUGCAUUAUAUUUGAUACAUCAAACAAAUAUGAUAAUGCUCACAGUAAAAGAUAAAUGUGAAUAAAUGUGUUCGUUUAAAUAAUAUCUUUGCAAUAAUAAAAUUAAUUGGAACUAUUAUAAAAUAUUUAAUUCCAAUUUUAUCCAUUUUGUUAUGUAUUUGAUUAUCAUAAAAUUUAAUUAUCAUUUCAUAUAAAACAUGUAUAAUAUUAUUUUAUAUGUAUUAAAUUUUUAUAAAAUUAUUACAUGUAAAUGAAUACAUAGAUACAUAAUAUAUAAGAUUUCUAAAAUAUAUAAA